AGGGCGUGGUUCCUGCUGCUUGUUCUUCACUUGGGAAGUUCCACGUGGCUCUGGUGCAGCCUUUGUCACACUGUGACCUGCCGGUACUGCACGAUCUGAAGAGGAUGCUGGGACAGCGUGAAAGCCGUGAAAUGGAACUGUUGACAUUCAGGGAUGUGGCCAUAGACUUCUCUGCAGAGGAGUGGGAAUGCCUGGACCCUGCUCAGCGGGAUUUGUAUAGGGAUGUGAUGUUGGAGACCUACGGAAACCUGGUCUCUGUGGGACUACAUAUUAAAGGAAAUAAUAACCAGUCUUUUGAAAGCCCUGAAGAGAUCCAGGACUUUGGAUUUAGGAUUGGAUUAAGUGUCCAGUCAAAUAUUUCUGAAGACCAGAGAUUUGAAAUUAAAGAGAAUAUUUCUAAAUCUGACCAAUUUGAUGAGCCCUUCAUUAAAACUUUAUUAUUCUUCCACAAACCAAUAAUACCAUUACAUACCAACGCCAACAACUGUCAACAGUAUGGUAAAGUAUUUACCCAAUCAUCAUUGCUUAAUCAAUCUCAGGGAAUAGAUAAUUCAGAAAAACAUUACGUAUCUAGUAAAACUUUGAUGUCCUUUAUCCAGAACUCUACCCUGAAUAAUUGCCAGGAUAUUCAUACUGAUGAGAGAAAAUAUCAAUGUAAUAAACCUGAAAAAACGUUGAACAAAGUCCCAUUCUCUAGUAAAUAUAAGAAAGCUCAAUAUCCAGAGAUCCAGUACAAAUGUAAGAAAUAUGAGAAAGUCUAUCAUCAACGUUUAAAGCUUAUUGGCUAUGAGGAUACCCAUUUUCAAGAGUAUUCCUACAAAUGUAAUGAAUGUGUAGAAGCUUUUGCCCAGUCAGGAAAACAUUCUCAAAAUCAGGGAAUUCGUAUUGGAGAAAACUCAUACAGACAUAAUAAAGGUGUGAAAGUCUUCAGUCAGUCAUCCAAUCUAAGAAAACAUAACACAAUUUAUACUGAAGAAAACCUCUACAAAUGUAAAGAAUGCGGCAAAACCAUUAACCCAAGUUCACAGCUUAAAUAUCAGAAAAUUUAUACUGAGGAGAAGUCCUAUAAAUGUAAAGAAUGUGGCAAAGCCUUUACUCAGUUUUCAGUUUUUCAACAACAUCAAAGAAUCCAUACUAGAGAAAAAUCCUGCAAAUGGGAAGAGGGUGGCAAAGCUUUUACUCACUCAACAAGCCUUAGAAGACAUCAGGUGGUUCAUACUGAAGAAAAACCCUACAAAUGUAAAAAUUGUGGGAAGUCCUUUAACUAUAGUUCAUACCUUACUCAACAUGAGAGAAUUCAUACCGGAGAGAAACCCUACAAAUGUAAAGAAUGUGGCAAAGCCUUUACUCAGUUUUCUAGUCUUAAACAGCAUCAGAAAAUUCAUACUGGAGAAAAACCCUACCAAUGUGAAGAAUGUGGCUUAUUCUUUAACCGGUUGGCAAGCCUUAAAAUUCAUCAGGUAGUUCAUACUGGAGAAAAACCCUACAAAUGUGAAGAAUGUGGCAAAGCCUUUACCGCGCCAUCAAGCCUUAGAAUUCAUCAGGUAAUUCAUACUGGAGAGAAACCCUACAAAUGUAAAGAAUGUGGCAAAGCCUUUACUCAGAUUGCAAGUCUUAAACAGCAUCAGAAAAUUCAUACUGGAGAAAAACCCUACAAAUGUGAACAGUGUGGCUUAUUCUUUAACCGGUUGGCAAGCCUUAGAAUUCAUCAGGUAGUUCAUACUGGAGAAAAACCCUACAAAUGUGAAGAAUGUGGCAAAGCCUUUACCGCGCCAUCAAGCCUUACAAAACACCAGGUAAUUCAUACUGGAGAGAAACCCUACAAAUGUGAAGAAUGUGGCAAAGCCUUUACUCAGCUCUCAAAUCUUAGACAACAUCAGAGAAUUCACAGUGGAGAGAAACCCUACAAAUGUAAAGAAUGUGGCUUAUUCUUUAACCGGUUGGCAAGUCUCAGAAUUCAUCAGGUAGUUCAUACUGGAGAAAAACUCUACAAAUGUGAAGGAUGUGGCAAAGCCUUUACUGAAUCAGAAAGCCUUAGAAAACACCAGGUGAUUCAUACUGGAGAGAAACCCUACAAAUGUAAAGCAUGUGGCAAAGCCUUUACUCAGUUUUCCAGUCUUAAAAAGCAUCAGAAAAUUCAUACUAGAGAAAAACCCAACAAAUGUGAAGAGUGUGGCUUAUUCUUUAACCGGUUGGCAAGCCUUAGAAUUCAUCAAGUAGUUCAUACUGGAGAAAAACCCUACAAAUGUGAAGAAUGUGGCAAAACCUUUACUGGGUCAGCAAGCCUUAGAAAACACCAGGUAGUUCAUACUGGAGAGAAACCCUACAAGUGUGAAGAAUGUGGCAAAGCCUUUACUCAGCUUUCAAAUCUUAGACGACAUCAGAGAAUUCACACUGGGGAGAAACCAUACAAAUGUCAAGAAUGUGGCAAAUCCUUUACACAUAGUUCAUGCUUUACUCAACAUCAUAGAAUUCAUACUGGAGAAAAACCCUACAAAUGUGAAGAAUGUGGCUUAUUCUUUAACCGGUUGGCAAGGCUUAGAAUUCAUCAGGUAGUUCAUACUGGAGAAAAACCCUACAAAUGUGAAGAAUGUGGCAAAGCCUUUACCCAGUCAGCAAGCCUUAGACUACAUCAGGGAAUUCAUACUGGAGAAAAACCCUACAGAUGUGAAGAAUGUGGCGUAUCUUUUAUACGAUCAGCAAGCCUUAGAAUACACCAGGUAGUUCAUACUGGAGGGAAACCCUGCACAUGUAGAGAAUGUGGCAAAGCCUUUACUCAGCUUUCAAACCUUAGACGGCAUCAGAGAAUUCACAGUGAAGAGAAACCUUACAAAUGUAAUGAAUGUGGUAAAUCCUUUAGACAUAGUUCAUACUUUACUCAACAUCAGAGAAUUCAUUCUGGAGAGAAACCCUGCACAUGUAAAGAAUGUGGCAAAGCUUUUGCUCAGUUUUCAAAUCUCAGACACCAUCAAAAAGUUCAUACUGGAGAGAAACCUUACACAUGUAAAGUAUGUGGUAAAUCCUUUAGCUCUAGUUCAUACCUUACUCAACAUCACAGAAUUCAUACUGGAGAGAAACCCUACAUGUGUAAAGAAUGUGGCAAAGCCUUUACCCAGUCAGCAAGCCUUAGAAUACAUCAGGUAAUUCAUACUGGAGAGAAACCCUACAAAUGUGAAGAAUGUGGCAAAGCCUUUACCCAAUCAGUAAACCUUAAACUACAUCAGAGAAUUCAUACUGGAGAGAAACCCUACAAAUGUGAAGAAUGUGGCAAAGCCUUUACUCAGUCAGCAAACCUUAGACUACAUCAGGGAAUUCAUACCGGAGAGAAACCCUACAAAUGUGAAGAAUGUGGCAAAGCCUUUACUCAGGUUUCAAGUCUUAGACACCAUCAAAAAAUUCACACUGGAGAGAAACCCUACAUAUGUAAAGAAUGUGAUAAAUCCUUUAGCCAUAGUUCACAACUUACUCGACAUCAGAGAAUUCAUACUGGAGAGAAUCCCUACAAAUGUGAAGAAUGUGGCAAAGCCUUUAACUGCCAUUCAAGCCUUACUCAACAUCGGAGGAUUCACAUCAGGGAAACUGUAUAGAUGUAAUGCAUGUGAAAAGAAUUUUAUCCUCAAUACACAACUUGGAAGUUACCAGAGUGCCCAUAAGGGAAAGAAAUUUUACAGGUGCAAGAAAUGUGUAGAAGUAUUUAAUCAAAACUUACAUCUAAGCAUAUCAGUGGAUUCACACAGGUAAACACUAAAGCACACUUUCAGAUUUUACACUGACCCACAGUGUUGUAGAGAAUGUGAAGUUGAAGCAGUUAGAUGCUCAUGUUGUUCAAAAGAGCAAGAACAUUUAUGUUUGGACAGGUAUAAUUAUAGCCAAUGGGUAACUUGUAUUGACAGUAUUUGAAAGUUUUCAAAAGCAAAUAUUGAUGUGGUUUGAUCUUUGAAUUAGUUUAUGCUAUACUUUCAUUCUUAAUGUCUAUAUGAAAGUAUGUAUUCUGUUGUUUCUAUAUCAGAGCUGUGAGAGGCCAUUCAGUAUUAGGUCAAUUUGAUUAGUACCAAUUUUCCAUCAGUGUUUAAUGGCAAAAGUAAAGUACGUUAAGAAAAUCUAAAGAGAUGUUUUUUGUGUGUUUGAAUCAUAAAACAAUAAUGCAUGUAAAUACACAGUAUGUAAUCCGGUUUUUAAUUCUGUAUUGAACUAAGAAACAUUCUAAAUUUUCAUACUAAGUUGUUUUACCAGUUGCUCCUUAAGUAUGAAAAAGCGGGCCAGUUGGUUAAAAUACUGACAUAUCUUUAUAGUAGAGUGAAAUAGAAGUCUUGAAUGUUAUUUGAUAUAAGACAUGGAAGUCUUGAAUGCUAUUUGAUGUAACAGAAAUAAAAACAUCUUCACAGAUAUCAGAGGAAAGUGAAAAUUACUCCUAUCUGAUACGCUGUAUAUGUAUUCACAUCAAUGUAUGUUAAAUAGCCUCAAUCUUAAAAUUAAAGAAAGUAUAACUCUUAAGAUCACUAUAUUAGACCAAAAAUAAUGUUUCUUGUGUGCCUGUGACCAAGGAGCAUAUAGUGUAUUUUAAAAUGCUUUAUUUAGGGUAUAGGUUAAUUAAUUUGAUUAAUAACAUUCAAUUGUUCUUAACGUUUUAACACUGAUGUGCAAUGAAUAAAAUGCAGCACUGCCACAAAUGUUAAACUAUCUUGUCUACAAUUGUAGUUAACAAAUGAAAAUAAUGUACUAUUUGGGUAACACAGUGGAAUAACUUGUAGUAAUCGCUUUAUUUUGAGGAACAAAACUUUCAAUAAUUUCAGCAUAUUCUCGUAGUUACUAUUUUGUGUCCCCUUUUUUGUAGUUUUGGGGUUGUUGAUAUGCUUACAGCAAAGAUUAUAUGGGAGUAUAAUUCGAUUCCAUAUUUAAAUCCUAAAUCAUUAUUCUUAAAAUGUUACCGAAUAUUUUUCUUUGCACAUGGCCUUUUCUGGGCCAGUUGAACACAUAGAGGUGUUUUGUUUAGAUUUACAUGUAAUGCAACAUACAAUAUAUCAAGCUAAAAAUAAACUUUGUGUAA